CUUUCUCUAGCCGGAGUGUGUUUGUGUUGUGGCUGUAAUUAGUUCAAGAAUCACCUUUAACUUGGCAAAUGUAGAGAUCGUCAACUUGUUCUCAUGCAACACGUCAACUUGUCUUGCCCCCUAGCACAGCAGAUGCCUCUUUCUUUACUUCACCACGAAAUAUAUUCUUCCUUACGCGUGAAGGGCAUGAGAUUAACAAAAAUGUUAUGUUCAUCGUCAUCUUCGUCAUCUUCGUCAUCUUCGUCAUCCUCGUCGGUCAUCCUAGUCAUCUUCGUCAUCCUCGUCGGUCAUCCUAGUCAUUUUCGUCAUCCUAGUCAUUUUCGUCAUCCUUGUCAUCUUCGUCAUUUUCGUCAACGUCCUUGUCAUCUUCGUUGUCAUCAUCAUUGAGAUCAUCAUUACGGCCAUUACUAUCAAAACCAUUGCCAUUGUGGUCUCGAAGAACACGACCAACCAAGUAAUGAUUACU